AUGGACAGCUCCCGCCAAGUUGGUCUUCUGGACAAGGAUUGCCAAAGCUUAAAUUGGGCUUUCCAGCCGCUGGGGGAUUACUUUGGUUUUGGUUUUAAGAGUUGGGAUAGCGCGUUGGUUAGUCUUCGGUUCUGGGUGGCAAUCGGCUCGCUAGAAGGCUUGGUACGGCUUUACGACCACUUUUUGAACUUCGCGGCGUUGGCAACCAACAGGGUGUUCGAAAUCGGGCCAGUUCGCGCAUUGUGCUUCGUACCUGAUAGUCGAUGCCGUGUGGCAAGAGGCGGGUUUUAUGGGCAGAUGAGUAUUCUACACGAGAGGACUCUUCAGAUCUUGAGGGAAUACCCGAUUUUCGGCACUCGUAUAUUCCAACAGGUAUGGUCGGAGAUGGCUGCCGACUGGGAACAGUUCCCAGAGUGGCACACUGGCCCAGUGCAGGGCAUAGCACUGCUGGAUGAUGACACCGAUGAGAUACAGCCGAGGUGUGACCACAUGGUCCGCAUCUGGGACGUGGAGGAGCAGGUCUGA